AUGAACCAUCUUGAAAGAAUAUUGCAUGAAUAAGGAAAAACAGUUAAAAUAUAAGGAUAAGAGUUAGAUGAUAUAAAACAUAAAUAUUAAGAAUUGCAAAAUAAACUCUUUAAGGAAGAAGAAAAAAAUAAAAUAUUAUAAUAAAAUAUUGACAAAUUAUCACUAAUUGAAAAUGAAUUAAGAAGAUAAAUACAAUUUGUUGAAGCACAAAGAGAUAAUUUAUUAGAUUAAUUAAAAUCUUUGCAUGAAUAUAAUUUUUCGAUGUUUAAUCUAUAGUAAAAAUAAAAUAUACUAUUAUUUUUAGACAUAAUCAAUCAUUUAAUAAAAUGAGGACUGUUUAAUAGUUAAAACUUACUUAAGAUGAAUUAUAAAAAUCAUAGCAAUAAUUAUUAAAAUUAUAAAGUGAAAAUGCAGAAUUUAGAGGCAAAGUUAAAGAAUUAAUGAUAAAGAAUUAAUCUUUAAAUGAAUAAAUAUAAAUAUUACCAUAAGAAAUAGAAAAGUUAAAAUAAAAAUAUAUAAAAUUAUUAUCAGAAAGAGAUACUUAAAUAUAAUUACUUGAUUAUAAAAUAGAUGAAUUAAGAAAAUAAAAAUAAUAAGAAAAAGAAGAAAAAUGUGAAAAUAUAGAAUAUGAAGAAUCAGAAAUAACAGAAGAUAAAAAUUCAGAAUAAGAUGUUAUAUAAUAAUCAUUAAUUGAUAAUAUUGAAAUAAUAAAAACUAUGAAAUUAUCUGAUUAAGAAAAACAAAAUACUAUUCUACGUCUCAGUGAAUAAGUAACAAUGUUGUAAAUUGAGAAUUCAAAAUAAUAAUUAUUAUUAACAAAUUAAUAGAUUUCUUAAUUAUAUCCUUAAGAUAUUUAAUUAUAAAUUCGUCGAAUUUAAUAAUUAAGAACUUAUAUACCUUAAUUUACUACUAAAUUUGCAAUAAUACAAAUGAAAUUACAAGAAAUUAAUCAAUUACGUUAAGAUAAUUUGAAUUUAAGAGAGGAAUAUUAAAAAUAAAAUAAAUAAUUAAAAAUAAAUUAACAAAAAUAUUUAAAUAAAAAAUAAAAAUUAGAAAAUCUGUAGAAAUAAUUUUCGAAUGUUUUAUAAGAGAAUUGGAAAUUAAAAGAAAAAUUAAUAGAUAUAUUAAAAAAUGAAUAAUUAGUAGAAUAAUUUCUAUAGAAUUUAACUAAUGAAUUAAAUUUUGAUGAAUAUCCAUUUGAAAGUUUAGAUUAACUACUGAAAAAUUAUAAUCUAAUUAGAAAUAAAUUAAUGAAUUAAUCAGAAUAAAAACAUAUGAGUCUUAUUUGA